AUGAACAAUCGCAGCGUUUCCCACUCAGACAACCAAAAGCGCCACCCCCAGACACGCCCCGACUCAACCCGCUCCCAAAAAACCCACAACAUACCCAAUAUCCCAGUAACCCGUGACAGAGUGGAGCGAUACAUCGCGUCCCCUUCCAGCCUCGAAAAGCACGGCUACCGGCUGAACAACGUCACAACCAGCUUGGAGAAGACAGAGAAAACAGCCAACAUCGUCGCGCUCAAGGUCCACAAGACUGACUGCAACGGAAUCACCCUCAGCGCGGUCGACGUCCAAACAGGCAACACCCUCCUUGACCGCGAGUACAACAACCCAAUGGCAGGAACCUCCACCGUCGACCUCAACCUCUGCGCGGAGUUAGCCAGCAAGGACGUCACCACGUACAUGAACCGCUCGACAAUCCUCGUGAUGUACGAUGGCCACACCGAGCUGAACCUGCUGCGGAUCGCACACCGUCAUAUCGUCGAUCUGAAGAUCCUGAGCGAGAAAGCCGUUGUUGCCGUGUAUGGUCCGAAGAAGGAGCACCUGGUUCAUGAUCUGAGCGAGUUGGCUAGGGGCCUUGGGGGCUUGAAGCUUCCGCGCCACUGUGGUAGCCCUCUUCCGGAAGCCCAGGCCAUGAGGGCGGUUGUGAAGGGCCUUUUGGCGGAAGGGGGGAUGGAGGCGUGGGUUGGGAAGGACAGCAAAAUGUCAAAGACGGAUUAA